AACGUUUUGUAGCCAGUUUCAGAUUGCUACAGUCGCGCUCCCGUCCAUGCUAUUUCCUGCUGCCGCUGGGGGGGUGGAAAGAUUCCUGCGCUCUUGCUCGCCGUCUCCCCCCGCCGCACCGCCAGAUUCUUGCGUGGAGGCCCCGGAUUCCUUAUCCCCUUAAACAAAAAUAAAUCCUGCUUGCGGGGGAAUCAACGUACCGAGCCUCUAAGCUGCGCCUCCACAUCACAAGGGCUGGACUUAGGGUCUCUUCGUCUUCUUUUUUCUUUUCCCCCUCCCCCCCCAUCUGGGCAUGGUGUGCUGGGGAGGGGGGUGAAGGGGCUUUUCCUCAGCGCUGCUGACCCCCCCCCUCCCCAGCCCUACCCCGAGAGGGUUUUUACCGGCGCCGGAAAGCCUCCUUCCAAGGGGAGGAGGGGCGGUGCGCGAGGGAAGGGAUCCCUGGAUCGCAUUGCAUUGCGGCUGUUGCUCCUAGCGGGGGGAAAGGCUUUGCUCCUUUUCGUCCAGCCUUUGCCCACUCCUUCACCCUCCCCCUUCCCCAUUUUCUCUCCACUCUUUUUUUUUAAUCAUCUGUUCGAUUUCGCCUCGGAAGCAAAAGGAAUGUAUAUGAAUGACUAUGCUGCCUUGAGGACUCGGAUGCUGGCGGCCUCUUUUUAAAAGGAAAAAACAACAACAAGGAGGCGGGGAAAAUCACCUUGCAGAGGAUCUCGAAGAAAACAGCUGCCCCUUCUUCUCCCUCGUUUUCCUCUCGACCCUGCCGCAGCAUCACUCAAGCUGGAGCAUUAUGGAGCUGGAGAAUAUUGUGGCCAACACAGUCUUGCUCAAAGCCAGAGAAGGAGGCGGAGGGAAGCGGAAAGGGAGAAGUAAGAAAUGGAGAGAGAUCCUCAAGUUCCCGCACAUCAGUCAGUGUGAUGACCUUCGGAAAGGCCUGGAACGAGACUACAGCAGCUUGUGUGACAAGCAACCGAUUGGCCAGCAGCUUUUCCGACAGUUCUGCGAGACGCGGCUGGAGCUCCUCCGGUGUAUCCACUUCCUGGAUGCUGUGGGUUGUUGUGAGGUUAAAAUGGAUGCCACCUUGAACUACUUGGAUGGAGAGUUGGAUAAAAAGAGAAUUACGGUAGAGUAUGAGGUUUCCCCAGACGAGAAGCGGAAGGAAAUGGGAGACGAGAUAAUCCGCAACUUUUUCAACAGCAAGUCUCCAGGCUACAUAGAAGAGAUCAGCCAGUCUCUCAUGGGCCAUUGCACGGAGAAUCUGCAGAGAAGCGCCUGCAAAGACCUCUUCAGCAGCUGCGUGCAGCACCUACACGAGUACCUCAGUGGAGCUCCUUUCACGAACUACCAGGACAGCAUGUAUUUUGACAGAUUCCUCCAGUGGAAGUACCUGGAGAGGCAAUCAGUGACCAAAGACACCUUCAGGCAAUACCGGAUCCUUGGCAAGGGAGGCUUCGGAGAGGUUUGCGCGUGUCAGGUGCGGGCGACAGGGAAGAUGUAUGCCUGUAAGAAACUGGAGAAGAAGCGCAUCAAGAAGCGGAAAGGAGAGGCCAUGGCUCUGAACGAGAAGCAGAUCCUGGAGAAGGUCAACAGCCGGUUCGUGGUGAGCUUAGCCUACGCGUACGAGACCAAGGAUGCCCUCUGCCUGGUCCUCACCAUCAUGAACGGAGGCGACUUGAAGUUUCACAUCUACAACAUGGGCAACCCCGGCUUUGACAAUGAGCGGGUCACUUUCUACGCUGCAGAGAUUUGCUGCGGCCUCGAGCACUUGCACCGGGAGGGCAUCGUGUACAGAGACUUGAAGCCAGAGAACAUUCUCCUGGAUGAUGAUGGUCAUAUCCGGAUCUCAGAUCUGGGGCUGGCCAUCAAGAUUCCAGAGGGAGACACCAUCCGUGGCCGUGUAGGAACUGUUGGCUACAUGGCUCCAGAAGUGAUCAACAACGAGCGCUACUCCUUCAGUCCAGACUGGUGGGGGCUCGGCUGCCUCGUCUACGAGAUGAUCGAGGGCCAGUCGCCAUUCCGCGCCCGUAAGGAGCGGGUGAAGAGGGAGGAAGUGGAGAAGCGGGUUCAGGAGGACCAGGAGCAGUACUCGGACAAGUUCUCUGAAGACGCCAAGGCCAUCUGCAAGGCGCUGCUGACCAAGGACCCCAAGCAGCGGCUUGGAGGGAAGGGAGAUGAGGCCGUCCAGGUGAAGCAGCACCCUUUCUUCAAGACGAUCAAUUUCAAGCGCCUGGAAGCUGGGAUCAUGAAGCCCUCCUUUGUGCCAGAUCCCCGAGCCGUAUACUGCAAAGACGUGCUGGACAUUGAACAAUUUUCCACUGUGAAGGGUGUCAACUUAGACCAAACCGACAAUGACUUCUAUGCCAAAUUUGCCACUGGCAGCGUCUCCAUUCCAUGGCAGAACGAGAUGAUCGAGACAGAAUGCUUUAAAGAUCUAAACACCUUUGGACCAAACGGCACCCGCUCCCCCGACCUGGACUGGAAGCAACUUCCCGACCCGCCCAAGCGUAGCCUCUUGCAGAGGCUCUUCCGACGUAACCCAAGUGACUUCACCAUCAGCGCCAACGCAAACUCCAACCUGUCAGCGGCUCCCUCGCCGGCCCGGCCCACAGCACAGGCUCCCUCCUGACCCAGAGGGCCCCUGGAGCCACCACUUGUCCUGUGCCUUCUCAGGGUUGCCUUCGGCACAGCGCUGGCACCGGGGCGUCCCCGCGUAGCGCUGGACUUUACUACUGGCUAGGAGGUGGGGCAACGCAGCCUUCCAGCCGGCAGGAUGGGCAGAGCAGCAGCAACAAGCCUUCGACGCCUCCUGGUGCUGACACGGACUGACACGCCCCCGGCAAUCCCCGAGGAUGACUCGGUUACCUCGAAACCGGGCUGUUCCCCACCAGGGUCUUCCCCCUUUGCCCUCUGCCCUCCGAUUGUUCAGAGAACCCAUCCCCACCCCAUGUUCCAUUCUCUCCGUCUCGGCUCCUACCACAACUCAUUAGAGACUACAGGUGUGCCUGGGAGGGGUUUUCUGUUCCUUGGAGAUUGUGAAGCCCAAAAAUGGGAAUAGAGAGAGACAGAGACAGAAAGAGUGAGAGAGAAGAGGAAUGUCAUCUGGUCAAAGUGGAAGACUUCUUGCUGUUCCACUGGCCUUUGUUUGUGGAGCUGGAAAAUCGGAAUGCCAAAUGGAGACACACACAAAGAUGUGUGUAUCAAACGACGGGUUUGUUUUCAUUUAUGGAGCAUUUUUUCGGGAAUCCCACCCUCUCGAGACAACUCUAGAGCCUGGGACUGUGUGCCAAAGGACAGCAGGGGACAAAGAGGCAUGAAGAACACUCUCGGGUCCCGUUUGGAGGCAUCAAGGGGAGUACAAAGGUUCAGCAUUAAAACUGGUGGAGGGAGCACCAUGCCAAGAGUAGCUGUGGACGGCACAUCAGGCCGAAUAACGUAACAGGCCAUCAACAUUUCCAGACCUCACUUUUCACCCCAACCCGAAAGGACUCCUUUUUCAUUUUUCCUUACAGAAUCUCCUCCACUGACUUCCUUCUCCUCUCUUUUCUUCUUGUCUCUCUCACUUUCCCCCAUUUCUCCUUCUCUGUCUCUCGUCAAAAGGAGGUUGUGAUACUGCUUGUUAACACACCUGGAUUCGGGUCUCAGCCCAACAUCAGAAUGCCAAUGAAUUAACUGAUUGCAGGUUCUUUGCUGAGCGUGAUUGUGUUUGUGUGUGUUUUACAGCCCAGUCCUGUCUGGGUUUCCCCAGAAGAAAAGCCUACUCUAAACAUGUAGCAGGAUGAGGUGAGGAGGAAAUGGCCGGUGGUUGAUAAUAUUCUUGAAUGCUGUGCUACAUUUAAUUAAACACAACCCCCCUGCAAAUAGAAAAUUAGCACAGCAGGAAGAGGAUUGGAUUAGAAACUUUGUCACAGGUGUGCUUCUUUUCUACUUGCAUGAGGGGUUUUUCACCACAGGGGAACAUAAGCCAUUGUCAUCUGAAGUGGCACAGUCUACUUGACCACAUCAGGAUUCCACCAGCUUGUUCUGUUAUAGGUUUAAAAUGGGCCUGGGAACUGAUUUGCGUUGUGCAACUGACCUGAUCACAGUUUCUCUUCUCUCCCACCCCUGCAUGUAGUAAGCUAGCACAUCAGUGAGCGAGCAAGUGUUCUGAAGAGGGCAAACAACUGCAGGUGCCCCACCCACCCUGCCGCCUGGCCUGCUCUCCAAGUGAACAAGCAGUGAGCCAAGCAAGGAAUCAGAACUUCCACACACAGUUUGCUUGCUUUCCUUCUGUAGGGGGUGCAAGUUGGGCCCAGAGAGAGGGGGGGGACCACAAAAGUUCAGUCCAGGGGCCAACAGAGUGCAUGGAUUAUGUCAGAGGUAAAAGCUGGGAUCCCCUAACCCCCCCCCACAAAAAAGCUAGAGCACUGUUUCCAAAUAACUUUAACCAGUGCUUUUUUUUCUUUAAAAAAUGCUUAGGGGUACUCUACUCAUAUUGAAAUACUGUGCCUCAAUGAGGCCAAACUUAGAUUCACAAAAUGUUUAGGCGUAUGCGUUCCCCUGUGUCCCCCCCAGAAAAAAACCCACUGACUUUAACUCAGAUCCAUUGCAAUUAGUAGACCAAAGUUAAGCAUAUCCGUUAUUUUUAAUGGGUCUCCUCUUAGUGGCAUUCUAACACUGAAUGCCACUGCAGAGCCUUUGCUUUCCAAAACAGCUGAGGGGAGGUAGAUCUGUUUAGACCCAGAUGAACCCAGAAUUUCUCCUCUUUAUCUUAUCAUUUUGCUGUUUUGUGACCUGCUGUGCAAAGGGCCUGCUCCAAGCGGGGGGCUCAGUUUUACCCCACUCGCUUAGCAACAGAUCUGGCCUUGGGGCAGGAAGGACUUUCCGAGUGAAGUGCCAGGGAGAAGUGCCAGCUGCCCGACAGUUAGCCUUGGGCACAGAGCUGGGCUCUGGUUUUUCAGAGUGACUAUCUCCCUGCAGCAAAAUGGGGGGGGGGGCAGAAUCACUAUCUGAGGGUGGGGGGUGGGGAGCUGGGGUGUUGCAGAGACUGUGAGCUUUUCAUUUUUAAAAAAUUUAAAUAAGAAAAGCAAAGAUCACACAUGCACUGAAACAUCAAACCAUGGCAAAACCCAGCAGAGACUUUGCAUCCUAAAGGCCCUGGCACCUGUGGGGUUUUCUGGUGCUGGAAAUGCAGAGGCAAUGGGGUGCUAUGACACCCCCUGCAAGCAAAACUUCCCCCUCCUAAAGCUGAAUGCUUGGGUCAGUUCUGUGCUUUUGGCAGCCAUACGGCAUGGAGGGAUUUUUGUUGUUGUUGCAGCAGUUCAGCCCUUGGAAGUAGAGCAGCAGACUUCAACCUUGUGUGGUUAUUAAAAUGUGCAAGUUUGGGUGCCUUGAAAUCAGGCUUUCUCUCUAGAGCAAGGAUGGCUCCCCUUGUUUUGACUAGUUUCCCAAGGGUAAUAAGGAUGCAUUCGGGUUAUUGCCCUCUCCUGACUUAUCAAAGGAGGGGGCUAUUUGCAUCCCCACCAGAAUGUUCUCUGCUUUAUCCCCCCCCCCCAUUUUGCUGCCCCUGCCAAAAUCAGUGCAGUCUUCGGGGUAUGGGGGGAGAAAAAUUUGCAUUAAUCCAUCUGACUGGGGGUUAGCCACCCCUGCUUUGGAGCUUGCUCUCUGACGAGUCAGUUUAUAGCAGGUGUGGGGAGCCUCUGGUCUUCCAGAUGUUGCUGAACUACAACUCCCAUCAUUGUUGGUCAUACUUGCCAGGACUGAUGGGAGUUGUAGCUCAGCAACAUCAGGUGGGGGCAGAGGUUCCCUACACCUGAUGUAGCUUCUGCAGUUUAAAAAGCAGUUUGAUCUGUGAUGCACCUGCUGGACACGGCUGUCCGCCAGGGAUGAGGUAGCAAUUGCAAGGGUUGGGCAAAGGGACCUUGGAGGUCCUUUCCAACUUUUUUGUUCCAACACAGACUCACCACAGGGCGAAAGUUUGCAUGCAUGAGCGCAGGAGUUGUGAGAGGGUCCAGAUGCACACCCCGCAUUUCCAGAUUGUAGCAUAAUUGCCCUAAACUCAGGUAGAUUACCCUGACUUGUAUCCGGCAGGUUCAGCACCAUGCACAACUGAAAUAAAGCGAAGAUCAAUAUGGAUUGACAUAACAGAAAAGGGAAGCUCUGAUUUGGGGUUAUGAUAGGGUGCUUUAAGGAUUUUAAAGGGUAUCAGAGGUGUUUGCAGGUAGGUGCUUUAGGGUGUUUUGAGUUUCUUUCUCUUUGUAUUCCUUAUGGCUUCGAUUCCUCUACACAACACACACACUCUCUUGGGCUGAGACAAGGCCUGGAUAGUUUAGGAAACCUGUUGGAUGCCCUCCUCAACAAAACAACAAUGCCUCUUUCAGUGUGUGUCAGACAUUGGGCAUAGAAGUCCAUACAGUGUCUAUAAAAACAUGAGGAUAUGUAUUUUAGAAUAUUCCAAUCAACGGGCAACUUUCCAGACUUCUUCUACGCCUCUCUGCCAAUCACUGCCAGAUUUGAGUUGGGUGGGUGGGUAGGUGUACAUAUGAGAGAGAGACUUCAAUUGGGAUUAUCAUCCAAAAGGAGAAAAAAUAAAUUCCUUUUCUAAAUUGCCAAAAUGGAAAGUGUGAGUCUUUGUGGGCACCCCGGGCUGCAGAGAACAAGAAGAUGCUCCAAAAGAAUGCAAACAGGAGCUUAUGGGGGGGCACCCCUGCAUUCCUCUCCAACCAUUCUGAUCCACCGUGUGAUGUUCACACAUGUCAAACAAAGAACCUUGAGAGACACCCGCACCUCACACUUAAAACACACUUUAAAAAUCCUGGGAGAAUCCUGGGAACUGCAGGUUGAUAAGGCUGCUAUGACUUGUAGGUCUGUGAGGUCAUCGGCACCCAUAACCCUUCUUGAGAUUUCAGGGGGGAAACCACAACACUUAAAUCGGAACAGGAGAGCUUUAAAUGUUUGCUGUGGAUGAGAUCUCUUUUCUUCUCUCCCCAAAAGGAAUUCUUGUGGGUCUGGUGAUUCUCUACAUCCCAGACAGAUCUCCACAAAAGGACAUUGACACCCCCCUUAUAUUUCCAUCACUCUUUCCUUUUGCAUCAAUGUAUUUAGGGUUGGUUGUCGCAGGACAUAUUGUUUUUAUUAUUAUUAUUAUUUUCCUUUUUCACUGUUUAUUUCUGAUUCUGGUGCAUUUUGGUUUACAUUUUGGCUUUUUAUUUUGUACAGUUGUAAAUAUUUGUAUGUUGAAUGCCUAGAUGUACAUUUUUAAGCUUUAAAAGCUGCAAGCCAAGCCAUGUGGUCAUGUUACCCAGAUGUUGCAGGGAUGUGUUUUUUUAAUGGGGGAAUGUUGGGGGUGGGGGAAGAUUCAGCUUCUCUAAGUGAAGGGUGGGUAUCACUUUAUCCCAGUUGGGUGGGGAGGGGAGGGGUGAGAAAGGAAAUUACAUCAAUGAACUGGGCUUUUUUCUUUCCUGAUUUUAAAAUUUCUUUACAGAACAAUAUAUACCAUAGGGUUAUUGGGGAGGGGGGGUUCUCCUUGUUACUUAUUCCCAGGGCUGUGUGUAAUCUGCACUGAAAAGAAAUAAAUAAAACAAUGCACCAAUGAAAGCUGAGUUCUGUGUGCUGAGUCAGGCACGCAACUUAUUCACACCUGCAUGCAUGCAAUCAUUUGGAUCCUUAUCUCCUUCCUCACUGAAUCAAUGAUCUUUUGAAUCUCUGCUCAUUCUCUAGACUGGGAUUCCAGGAGGCAUUGCCCAUGCAUUUCCAGGUAUAUCUUUGCAUCUAGGAGGACUAGAAGCUUGAAUCCUGCUGUUUCCAGUGGCGUAGCAUGAGGUAGACCACAGGGGCGGUUGCUCUGGGUCCAAAAUUUUCAGGGGUGCAAAAAUUCAAUGGCCUCAAUACAGCUUUGCGCUUCUGGGCUCCGUUGAAAACAGCUCCGUGUGAAACAGAAAGUGACCUCGCCAUACAAUGGAACCGCUCUUCUUUUUUCUGCAACUGCAGUCUCCUGGGUGAUGCGGACGGCACUAGGCAGUCGAAUGUGCAUGCAUACUCUAUCCUCUUCACUGCACAUGCCCACACCUUAGGGUUGCCAUAUGCCCGGGUUUUCCCGGACAUGGCCGGGAUUCCAAGGGCGGAAUCGCCAUCCAGGGGAUAUUUUUAAAAAUCAGCAAGAUGUCCGGGUUUUUGCAAAAGAACCAGGAAGCGUGUGCACAAGUAUCACUUUUUACUUUUCCCUGUCUCUAGGGAUGUUAUGUAUUAGUGUUCCGGGUUGCCUUCAAGGAAUUCUCGGGCCUGCUCCGACUGGUGGUGGUUGAAGGUCCACGUCCUAGCCUCCUAGGGCUAGAAUGGUUUGAUGCCCUCGGCAUGGAAGUCACCAGCAUCAACAGGAUCUCCAACGCUGAAACAGAGGCCCUCAUCAAAGACUUUGCCGAGGUUUUUGAUGGCACCCUGGGCCAAUACACGGGCAUGCCCAUAUCUUUCAGCUUGGAUCCACAAGUCUCCCCCAUCAGACUUAAGCCACGCCGGGUUCCGUUCACCCUCAAAGCUAAGGUGGAUGAACAGCUGGACAAGUUGAUCGCCCAGGGCGUCUUGGAGCCAGUGGAUCAUGCCAAGUGGGAGACUCCCAUCAUUACACCAGUCAAGCCAGACGGGUCGGUGAGAAUAUGCACUGAUUACAAGUGCACAAUCACCAAGGCGCUUCAGCAGCACGCUUAUCCGGUUCCCGUCGUCCAGCACCUGCUGCACUCCCUGGGUGAAGGCAAGGUCUUUGCAAAACUAUAUACACUAAUACAUAACAAGGGACAUGCCUGCUCUCUGUACAAAGUGUGCAUCUGAGCAUCACUCUCAACCCUUUCUUCUCUCUGUGCCCACAUGGCGCAUGCUGGGAAGUGGCUCAUCAUCGGAGUGUGCCAUUUCACAGCUUGUCUGAGCAUGAGCUGCCCUCUUUUCUGCUCUUCAAAAUAUGGCAACCCUAAGGUCCCACACUGCACCACUUGGCCGUUUCCCAGAAAUGUGUAAUGCACACAGUCCUGUUUAUAGCAUCGAGUUUCUUUGGGCUGGAUGGGGAAAAGGGAUAAGGUUGUCUCUUUUGAGUGAUUUGCUGCCUCCCAUCUCCUUUUACUCGCCUUCCAGCAGGAACUGAAGGCAUGGCGAUCAAUGCUGUCCCCUUGACCCUUCAGCGAUUUCGUAUUUGGUGGCAUUUAGUCAUAGCCUGCCUUGAAUGCUUGAGCAGAGAGAGGGUCCAUUAGGUGGUUCCCCCCACAAAGGCAAUCUUCAGCAAGGUGAGGUAGGCUUGAGGCUGGUAGGAUCUAAUUCAUGAGGGCAGAUCAGAAGAGGAGUGAAGCUUUUUCUGAAUGGUUCCCACUUUUCUGCCUUCGCAUCCUGACUCCUGUAAGGUUUCAAUAUGCUCCAUUGGCCAGUAACUCCUGAUGCGGUCAGUGCUCACUGCACAAGCUUACAGCAGAGGCGGGCAUACUAGAGCUGUUCAGUCUACUCUCCGUGUGUUUGUAUUUUAAUAAAAUCUCAGUCAGAACCACAUGCAAAAUAAUAGCACAGGGCAGGCAGCAUCAAACAACUUUAGGAGAUGGAGAAAAAUGAGGCAGCAGUUUUUGCUCAAGGACCAGAAACUCUUAUUCUUCUCACCUCAAAAUCUUCCCUUUAUUUCAAGAAUUCUGCAGCAAAGAUGUGGCUGGGUUGCCCCCCACCCCACCCCUUCAUCU